GUCGCCAUCGACCGGUAAAAGAAAAAUUAACGGCUACAUCAUUCACGGCAAUUUGAAAUUUAAGCGGUUACACAAUGAAACCCAACCCAAAAGAGCGAUCCCUCCUCUCUCUCUCUCUCUCUCGUUCAUCGGAAGACUUCCUUCUCGUCUCAGUUGUCUGUUCUCCUCUCACUCAUCCCCUCCCCCCAACCCCAAACAAAAGGAAAACAGAAACCCCCACUGUCAAAAUCGCAGUGAUAGUGACAAGAAAGAUAGUCGGCGACACUGCGGCGGUACCGAAACAGAGCACUCCUAUUUCUUCUAGAUCUCUUGGAGCAGAGAAACACAGAAGAAGAAGCACUGUAAUAUUGAGAAGAAGAUUUCGAUUCUUGAAUUUGAGAGGGUGGCUUUUGCAGAUUCUUUGCAAGGAUGAAUGAUUUGAUGACCAAAUCGUUCUUAAGUUAUGUGGAACUGAAGAAACAGGCGCAGAAGGACCUCGAAGCGGAUCUUGAUGUCGAAGCAGGCGCAGGCAAACUCAACCCGUCCGGCCAAGAAAACCUCUCUCAGUUCUUCCAAGAAGUCGGAGCAAUCAAGGCCGACAUGGAAGAGAUCACCAAUCUCUUGCACGGUCUCCAGUGCCUGAACGAAGAGGCAAAGUCCACACACAGCGCCAAGAUUCUGCGCGGGCUUAGAGACCGGAUGGAGUCUGACAUGGUUGCAGUGCUUCGGAAAGCGAAGAUUAUCAAGGCGAGGCUCGAAGCGCUUGAUCAGUCUAAUGCGAUCAACAGAAGAAAGUCCAAUGCGUACAAGGAAGGAAGCACUGUGGAUCGAACUAGAAUGUCCAUCACCGGUGGCUUGAGAGUCAAGUUAAGGGACCUGAUGGACAAUUUUCAAUAUCUGAGAGAGAAGAUAGUUUCGGAUCAUAAGGAAGAUCUCAAGAGGAGAUACUACAGCGCAACGGGUGAUUUGCCAUCCGAUGAGAUGAUUGAAAAGAUUAUUUCUGGAAGCUUGAAAGUUGAGUUGUUCGAAGGGAAGACAGAACUGGAUAUGGGGAACAAGGUCCGACAUGAGGCGGUGAUGGAUAUCCAAAGAAGUCUGACAAAGCUUCAUCAGGUGUUUCUCGACAUGGCUGUUUUGGUUGAGGCACAAGGGAAAGACAUUGAAAAUAUCGAAGAGAAUGUGGCGAAUGCUGGUUAUUUCAUCAGUGGAGGCACAAAUAGUCUUCAUUAUGCCAGCCAGAUGAAGAAGAACAAGAAGUGGGUUUACUGGGUGUGGGCUGUGGGACUGAUUAUACUUAUGGUUUGCAUUAUUUCGAUGUUCGCCUCAUGAUUAGAACGGAGUCGGUACAAUUUAGGGCUUGGUCCUGUGCAAGCAUGUCUUUAGUGAGCUUUCUGAGCUCAUAGAGUACUUUUCUUGACGCGAUUCGUGGUUCUGUUAAUCGACAGAAAUGUUAAUGAGAACUAGAUUUGAUUUA